ACAUGUAGCUAGAAAUAAAUGCAGCUGGUGGAGAAUUAUUAGUAAUUGUCGAUCUAUCGAACGAUAAGGCAUCCGCGAAGCUGAUUGGGCAGAGCGUGUCGUGCAGGAGUGCGAUAAUAUUCACAUCGUAACGAGAACUUUCGGCUUUCGUCAUGCAUUGCGCGAACAUCCUCGAUCGUUUUGCGCCGAGUAACCGCCAUUGAUGCAUCGAUCGACAUCGCUCCGCGUUUUACACGUCUUUUGUCCGUCAAAAGUGAGUUCCGCGCUUAAAUAAGUAUCGGGAGUGCCGCAAAUAGCAAUGUGCAAUUGUCAGGACGUUUCGUAAGUACGUUAUUAGGCAGAGUGAUCACCUCUUUCCUUUGUAAUGCAAUCGAUGCCUGUCGCAAGCCGUCUCGAGCCCGCGUCUUUUACAUUUGUUAUUACAAUCGAUUCACGGGAAUAGCAGUAGAAUCGGACGAUCGUCGUUUUAUUGAUUGCGAAUUCGACAUUCGGUAGUAGUCAGAGGGAAGGAGACAGAUAUACGCGAUGUCGAAUCUCGGGAGAUAGCGUCGGUCCGUCAGAAAAACAGAAAGAGAGAGAGAGAGAGAGAGAGAGGAGUGUAACGUGUCUUUGUCGAUACCGUGCAUAUUUUUAAGUGAAUUUUCGGCAUCCAUUGUGCAUUGCGCGAGCACGGUCAAUGUUUUCACAUUGUACAAUCGUCAUUAACAUAUCGGUGACACCGCGUUUUACGUGUCUUGUCUGUCGAAUAAGAAAGUUGGAUCUAUUUGACGUUACAAAUAUUUUGAAGCGCCGUAUAGACCAAUUACAGUUUUUCUGUACGCGCACUCGAAAAUGUUUGCACUUUAAAAUUCUACCCCGAGUCUCGUGUGGAAGCAAGUAUCGGGAAUGUUGGAAAUAAUAAAGUGCGAUCGUUGGGACGUGUCGUAAGUAUGUUAUUAAGGCUCAAUUCCUUCGUUUCUCGUUAUAUAACGAGACAAGCAAGUGAUACAUAUCACUGGUGCUUGUCGCGACGUGUCGAAUCUUUUAUCUAUACUUGUUGCCACAAUCGACUCACUCGAGUAAUAAUAAAAUCGAGUUUUCGUUUUAUCAAUGGAGAAUAAAAAAUUCAGUGAUGAUUAGAGAGAAAGAGAAAAAUACAAUAUCUCAGAGAUAUCCGUAACGUCGAAUCUCGAAAAAUAAUAUCAGUCUGUUAGCAAGGAGUGUACACUCAGUUCUUUACCAGCAAAGCCUUCUUUACUCAAAUUUGUCAUGUAUACUUUCGUAUCAUUCUAUCUUCCUUUGGCAUAUAAGCAUUAAAAUAAAAUUAUACUUUCAACACAAAAAUGUAUAAAACAAACUUAGCCGAAGUGUACACUUAAUUUCAAUACGGUUUGAACAGCUUCUUUUUCGACGCAUUUCAGCACGUAGCCAAUAGUCCAAUGAGAGAACUCAACAUUCGGAAAUUAAUGAGAAGCAAGUUCUCUCAUUGGACCAUCAAUACGUUGUGGAAUGCAUCGACAGAAAUAUUGAAACUAUAUUGGGGAACAAAGUGCACGUUUGGCCGCGAGUCAGGCGUGUUGAAUUCCGUGCGUCAUGGCGCGCUUACGUUCGUGAGCGCUCGGCCGUUUCCGUCGCCGCUCGGCGGCGGCUCGAUAGGUGGUGGGAGGGAGGUGAUCGGCCGACUCCAGAGGUGUCGCAACAGUCUGCGCGGUCGGAGCAGUCGGGCUGGGUGGUCGGUACGAGUGUGGUGUGUGCGCGCGCGAACGACAGACGCAAGGAAGCCAGCGUGCUAGGAGCGUGCGUGCGUGCGAAUCGCGAAACGUGUGCCGUCCGUUGUCAUGACGUUUGCGUGAGUCGCGGGGCCAACGCGUUUAGCGAUCGGACAGGCAGCCGUGUCAACUCGUCAGGAACAUGGCGCGCGAUUCCCGGCGCGCGGAUUCACGGCGCGUCGGCGGUGGCGGCGGCGGCGGCGGAGGAGGCGGAAGAGACGGUGGUGUUGUGCGUUCGUUGACGGUGCGGUGCAAGCUGCUGCUGGUCCUGGCGGUGUUGCUGCUGACGAUCAUCGUCCCUGCCACGCACGCCGAGAGUCAGGGUCCGUCUUCGGACUUCAGCAGACACAGCCGAGUGAGGCCGCGAGUGUAUCACGGCAGGACGAAGAGACAGAUCUCGUCGACCAAAGAAAAUGACAUCGAACACGCGGACGUGCUGACGGUGGGUUUCAACGUGGACGGAGUGGAGCGCGUUCUCGACCUUCGACUGAACACCGAUCUAAUUCCGGUCGGCUAUCAGCAACGCUACCAGCAUCGCGGCGCGUACAAGGUGCACAUCCCGUCGAAAGUUGAACUCUGUCAUUACCAAGGUAGCGUUCGAGAUGUUCCCGACUCGUGGGUGGCGUUGUCCACAUGCAGAGGACUGCGCGGUGUCAUUUUCGACGGCGAGAACCUCCACCACAUCCAUCCGGAAGACGAGAGCUUGGAUUCCGACCAUUAUCUUUACAAGCACAGCGAUCUCAUUGCCAAUAAUACCUGCGGUUACGAAGGAACGCCGCCGCACCAUGUCUCCGUUCGCGAUCGUCGCGAGAUUAAAGGGCUCUCCAGGCACAAACGAGCGGCUGAAGUUAUUCGCGGACCCUACAACGCAAACAGGGAUUCGCGAUACGUGGAGCUGGUGCUCGUGAUCGACAAGAAAGAAUAUAUGGCGCUGGAUGAGAACCUGAACAAGGUGUAUCAACACUGCAAGGACAUCGCCAAUAUUAUCAACGCCCUGUACAUGCCGUUGAACAUAUACAUCGCCCUGGUCGGCGUGCAGGUGUGGACCGAGUCGGACGAGAUAACGCUGUCGCCGAACGGCGACACUACUCUGUCCAAUUUCCUGCGCUACCGUAGGGAGAAGCUGCUCCUGGACAUCCCCAACGACAACGCGCAGCUGCUGACCCGAAUCACCUUCGAGGGUGGCGUGGUCGGGAAGGCGCUUAAGGGACCGAUAUGCACGUACCAGUUCUCCGGCGGCGUCUCCAUGGAUCACUCGAAUGUUGUCGGCCUGGUUGCCGCUACCGUCGCUCAUGAAAUGGGCCACAAUUUCGGGAUGGAGCACGACGGGUCGGAUUGCGAGUGUCCCGAAGAGAAGUGCAUAAUGGCGUCGUCGAGUGGCUCGUCCGGCCCCAUACAUUGGUCCUCGUGCUCGUGGGAACACCUGACUCUCGCUUUCGAGCAUGGAAUGGACUAUUGCCUGAGGAACAAACCGCUGAAGCUCUUCGACAGUCCGAUAUGCGGCAACGGGUUCGUCGAGCCGGGCGAGCAGUGUGAUUGCGGGUUAAAGGAGAAUUGCAACAAUCCCUGUUGCAACGUGACCACCUGCAUGCUGCACAGCAACGCGAGCUGCGCCACCGGCGAAUGCUGCGACCUGGAGACGUGCAGGCCGAAGAACGCCGGCACGGAGUGCAGGAACGCUAACCGUGAAUGCGACCUGCCGGAAUACUGCACUGGUCAGAGCGAAUAUUGUCCGGCCGAUGUUUUCAAAAUCGACGGUGAGACGUGCAAUGGUGGAAAGGCCUUCUGUUACCAUGGCUCGUGCAAAACCCACGAGGAUCAAUGCCAGCUCUUAUGGGGCCCAAGCGGCGAGUCUUCCGUCAUGCAGUGUUACGAGCUGAAUAAAAGGGGCACGCAGGAGGGUAACUGCGGUUACAAUCAAAUCGACAAGACCUACGCCAGAUGUAACGAUCAAAAUUUCCUCUGCGGUAUGUUACAUUGUGCUCACUUAAACGAACGACUGGAGUUCGGUAUGGAGUCGGUCGCGAUUUUGAGUCACUCCUUUCUCAACGUCGGCGGGAGUAUGAAAGCGUGCCGCACGGCCAUCAUCGAUCUUGGCUUGAACCAAGUUGAUCCUGGACUCACACCGAACGGCGCCAAGUGCGCGCCUGAAAAGAUGUGUGUGAAUCAGAAAUGCACUUCGGUAGCGGCUUUGAGAGCGUCCACGUUUGUCGAUGAACCUUGCCCGAACAAUUGUAAUGGUAACGGGGUAUGUAACAAUCUCGGUCACUGCCACUGCAACCGCGGUUUCCGGCCACCUGAUUGUCUUCAACCCGGAGUAGGAGGCUCCGAAGAUAGCGGUCCAGCCGAAGAUCCUAACGCGAGGAAUGACUUCGUGAUUGCGCUUUACGUUAUUUUCCUCGGAGUGGUGCCCAUUGUAGCGCUAAUACUGCUCGGAUUUUGGAUGAGGAAUUCCAGGCAACACUGGAAGAAGGGUGUGAUGUCUACGACCGAUCGCGGCCACAAUGGGUUGCUAAUCAAAACGAUCGAUCGUUCCAGUCCCAUGUCCCGUAACAUCGAGACGAUUGACUCGAGUCUGAGUCAGGACCCGGCGUGUGCGAGCUUACUGCCGAAAGCAGAGGCCGAUGAACGUUACAACAACAAUCUGUUCGGCCAGUUUAAGGGCUUCACGAUCACGCCGAUUCCGAAUCAGUCGAAGCUCGCCGAGCCAACAAAACCGGCCCCAGCGCCGCCGACGAUACCCACUGUCGCAAUAAAGACAAACGUGAAACCUGUGCAAAAGUGUAACGCGCCGCCGCGUAGCAAUCUGCUGAGCGCGAAUUUCGACGACAACUCGAUCGCGCCGACGUUGCCACCGCUGAAUCCCGGCUCCACGGCACGACCGUUGAUCAGCAGCCCUGUGCUGGCGGCCACUACCUGCACGUCCGUCGAACUGGUAGCUCCCAAAGUACCCACUCGACCGGCUCCGGAGGUGCCAAUACGUCCAGCUCCAGCACCACCGACCGUCGCUUCCUCCGUUUCUGCUUCCAUUACCGUUCCCAUGAAGCCGCAGAGACCUAACAGCACGCCACUGACGAAUGUGAUCGUGCCUAUGACUGAUCCCGGCGAGAAAAAGCCGGAGAAGGGCAGCACUCUCAACAGAAUCGCGUCCAUACUGCGUCCCAGCUCCGGAAUCAUGAGAAGCAAUUCUCAGGCUUCGCAGCGGGACGACAAGAGCAGUACGAACUCGUUGCCGAGGAGCCAGCAUCACAAAGCCAACAAGGUGCUCGACAAGGAGAUUCUGAGGAACUUGGAGAUCUCACAUCCCAUACCGCAGACGGAGAUCGAGAUCGCGACACCGGUUAUUCCCGUGAUACCGGCAACCGAGGUCGAGAAACGAAAUGUGGUGCUGCGCGCACAAUCUAUGAGGGACAGCAAGAUCACACCGCGACCAUCUAUCCACACGUUCGGCUCGAUGCGUCAAGCGGCACCGGUCAAGAGACCCACCAGUAUCCCAACGAGCACGAGACCUACCUCGCCGCCUCCAGGUCCGCCGACAAGCACCGUGCACGCAGACAAGAACGUCGAAAGCGCAAUAAAGAUCCCGGGGCUGCCCGGUUACCAAAAUCCGCCGGUGAAGACCGCGGCUCAGCUAAAGCCGCUGGAAAACACCUACGACGACUGCAUGAACUUGAUCGCGGAGUCAUCCUUGACGAGGAUCACGGAAGAGUCGCCUACAAACGACAAUAUCUACGCGGUGAUAGAGGAACCCGUGCCGGAGAAGAACAGGAAGAACGCGGAGUUGUCGGAUGCGUCGGCCGACAACGAAUACAAACUGCCAAAGCGUGUGGACACGACGACGACGUCCGGCACGAACAGUCUGGAGUCAAUGGGUCUGCUGUCGGAAAUCGUAUCGGAAAUAUCGAACCGCAACUUCGACUCGAUAUACUCCACCUCAACAUUAGCCAGGAAGAAAAAGAAGGAAGAGGAGGAGAGAGAGGGAGCGUCGAAGAACUCGGAUAAUAUGGGCUCCAACAGUUCCUUGGGCGGCUACAUGAAUUCCAGUCACUACAAGACGCCCGGCGGUAGCGUCUACUCGAACUCGACCUCCGGUAAGUUCAACUCGUCAAGUUCCACUACCAGCUCCGGCUACCUUCAUCCGUCCGCGAUCAAUGUGCCACAGGUGCACAGAAAACCGAGCAAGGACACCUCGGAUGCGAAUGACAACCUAAAACCGGUCGAUAAGAGCAAACUGAACGCGCUCAAUUCCAACAAUCCCAAUGUAAACGACGAGCUGUCCAAGGAACUCGGCAUGAAGCCGCCUGAGAAUCCCGCGGGAUACAAACCGUUCGCAUCGACGAAGACUCGACCGACUCAUUUGAUACAUAUCAAGAAGGACGACCAAGCUGAAAGUAAAGCUCCGGCGAAGCCGCCGUUCAACAGGACUAAAACUCCUCCGAACAUCGCGAAGAGUCCGGCUGUCAAGGAGACGCCCGAGUCGAACACGAAGCUCGCGAGACAAAGUUCAGAUAAUACGAUAAAGUCGAGCAAGCAGCAUCCCGACAGUGGCGGUGGUGGCGGCCUGUCGUCCUCGAGAUCCUCGAAAUCGAACGCGACGACGGACGCGAGUCCAAUCGCGCGGCAGACGCAGCUGAACGCGAACAAAUCGAACAGCGACUUAGGUAAGGACGACUCGCAUACGACCGUCGAUAGAGUAUCUGUCAAAAAUGUGCCUUGUAGUCCUAAGAAUAGUCUGAGCAAGUUCAAUAGCCCGGACCUGGUCUCAAGCUGCUCCAAUUCCAAUCAGUGCGGCACCAAGUCGCCGGACGUCGUGGGCAGCAAUCCCAAGUUCAGUCUCUCGCUAAAGACCGUUCAGAAGACACCCGCGCUGCCGAAGGGUGCGAAGACGCCCACGACGCCGUUGAAGCCCCUAGGCGUCACGUCCAAAGCGGCUGGUCUGUCGGAGAGGAAGAAAUCGCCAACCGGUAAUGCGAGCAUCGCCAAAUCGUUGUCGCCGUCGUCCGCCAAGGAGGCGACGACGGUCACCACCAAGCUGACGUCGCAUCUGGCGUCAAAGGUGGCGGGCAAAGUGGAGACCAAAAGCGCGGACAGCAACAACGGUGCGAAGAUGAAUCCGGUGCAGCGGGCGGCGAGCGGUAAAUCCAACGUCGCGUCGUUGCAGCAGAAAUUCGAGGCUAACAAGAAUAUCGGUGGUAUCGCGAGGACGAUUUCAAGUGCGAAUAACAAAAAGCCGAUUGCGGUGACGGCGGCAGCGGCGCGGACGACGGAAGUGAGCGGCGGCGGCGGCGGCGGCAUGAGGAAAUGAAUAUUAAUCUAGCACCUCGCGGCACAGGACAAGCGAAAGGAAUCUCUAUACUUGAAACAUUCUAGUCCGUCAUUUCGUUCUCGUUUAGGAGAAUACGAAACUGUAUAAACGGGUAAACGCGUUCGUACCGGCGGUUGUUAGCGGCGUCGUACAAGUAUAAACGCGGUUACGCGCGAAGGCGAUGUCUCUGUGACUUGUUACCUUAAGAUGGUUGGUUCGUAGGUUCAUUUCCUUAGGAAUCUUGUCGGAUUUAGUUUUUCAGAUUUGCAGCUAGCAUAUUAAUGGAUUUACACGCAUGUACGAUUUGAAAAUGCUUUAAGAUCCACCUCAAGAAUUGCUCUCGUGCUUUUAAUAAAUAAUUUUCAGUCAAAUUAUAUAAUAAAUUAUAUUUAUUAUAUAAUUACUUUUCUCUCGUCGUCUUCAUGUGCGUGUAAAUCGAUAAAAAAAAGAAAAAGAAAAGCACGAAGUCGUUUGCUCCGUCUACAGGGCGGCGCUAGAGAUGCAAAGACUAAAAAAUUAUAAUUUUAAUAAAUAACAGAAAGACGAUAAAAGAAACUUGUAGAAAAAUUACAACAUCGUCGAGCGCUUGGUUUUUUGAGAAAUUGGCGUGUAAAUUACUUUAGUACAAAUUGGUCUAUCUUCUUCGUGUCACAUUAACCCCUAAAGUACGAAACAGCGCGAAGCUGAACGCUCUGUAUGGCCGAUGUUCACAUCUAAUUGCUCCUAUUAUGAGCAAAAAUAUGUAUCUGCCCGCAGGCCAUAGCGACGGUUUUCGCUGAUAAAAUAUAUAUGCUCAUAGUAUUCUAAGGGUUAACCAUUAUCUUUUUAACAGUAUUGUCACGGGCCAGCUAUCUUAAGGAUUCUAAAGAAGAAAAAGAAGCGACAUAAUGCGGAAGCUGAAAGAUAGUACAAGGAUUGACUCUUUUUUCCCUCUAAGAUCUAUAGAAGGCAAAUUUUACGAACGAAUAUUAUAUAUUUCUUGUCAGGAUAUUAGGAUACAUAUAGGCGCGUGUAAUAAUAAUAACCGUCGUGGACGCACAUAGGGGACACGGCAUUGAAAAAAAUUGUGUAAAUAGUAUAUCUACUUAAAAAUUCUCAUAUUUUUUGUAGAGACAUCCAUUGCCGACGUUCGAGCGUAAGCAGCGUGUAAGCCAAUAAUUACCGUAAUAUUUAUCUUAAGCGUUUUAUAAGCGAUAUUAUGACGUAAGUGACAUUAUUUUCGAGACCUUCGCUUAAAAAACUGAAAGGACGUGUACGAAAUUAUUGACCUCUGUGAUAUGUACGUGUAAAGAGAUAUUGUGCACAGAAAAAAAAGAAGAAGAAGAAUAACAUUAUAUACGCCACAUUGUUACGACUAGCGGGCUAUAGAUGCGACCAAAUUAUUUUAUACCGUAAUUACAUAAACAGAUUAUAUAUGGGAAGUCUCGCGCGUUGUUAAGUUAAAAGGAAAAGAGCUAUCGUGUCCGAUAGACGUUAACUUCUACAUUAACGCCAGAACGUCUCUUCUUCUCCAAAGAUCAAUGAUAUAAAAUUCAGAAUUACAAACGCAAAUCGUGUACCUUCGAGAUUCCGUAGGAGUCAAAAUUCGAAAUGCCAUUAGUUAGGAGAGUCUAGAUGUUAGCACGUAUUAAAGAGAUUGAAAAAGAAAAACGCUAGCGACGUAACACCGCGAAAUCCGAGUUAAAGGUGAUAUUCUUUCAAGAGAAUCUUAAAGUAAGAAAUCACGCCAAGAUGUAUUUUGCCUCGGUCGCGCAAUGCAUCACACGCAUCGCCUUUACUUUUCCCUCGUCGUCCUCCUGUGCGUGUAAAUCGAUAAAAAAAAAGGAAAAAAAAGAUACGAGGUCGUUUGCUCCUUCGUCUACAGGGCCGCGCUAGAGAUGCAAAGACUAAAAAAAAAAUAUUUAUUUGACUGAUCCGUGUAAAUAUGUUGUUCAUAAGAAUACGCGCAUAGUGCUAAGUGACGUUUUGUACAAUGUACCUCCGCGCUGGAUUAGCUAUAAGUUGUAAGUUAUAUCUCUCCUCUUGACUCUCGUACGAUCCUUGACUAAGAAACGAAGGAAAGAGAAUCACAUCUUCGCACAAGCCUCGACCAUGAAGAUCCUCGAUAUGUUACUUCGUCACCGCAUUCUUACGUAGCCAUUCGUACACGCCGUUUCGGCGCGCAGAGAAUCGCGAGAGCGUAUGAGCGAGACGUGCUGUGAGGAGCGUACGAGAGUUAUAACGCAUUAUGCGACUGCGAGAAAUGGUCCUGAUACUUCUCGAGUAUCGGAUCCAUUGUUUCCGCGUUCGCGCUCGCUUUGCGCGGGCGCAAACUCCCGUGAGAAAAGCUUUGAUUGAACUGCAAACAGUUGGCUAUGUGUUCGUGCAUUUAUUUUUUACGGAAGAAGGCAGCCGUUACCCCGCAGCGCGUGCGUGUCUCUCGCACACACGAAUCCUGUCGGCAAAUACCGCGGAUUCGUUAGCGUUCAGCUCGUUAGCUGACAGUUCCUAUGCGCGAGCGUUCAGACAGAGAUCGUCCUAUUACUGCGAAAUUCAAUCGAGGUUCAAUAAAGCUUUUUGACUGUUCAUUCGCGCGCGCGCGCGCGUGUGUGUGUAUGUGUAUGGGUGUAAGUAAGUAUGUAUGCGCAUAUGUGUAUCGCGUGUUGCCUUUGCCGCUUGUUUCUCCGUACGUGACGUGACGUCGUAUGUGUUUGCUUCGUUAUGAGGAGACAAUCAGACAUUCGUUUAGCGUACGCUGCUUGAAAAAGGGAAGGAGAAGGAGGUGGCUUGUUUCAGCGACGCGAAUACCGCUCGCGUUUAUUAAUGAAUAAGUUAACAUACUGGUAAGAGCACGAUUCUUUAAAAGGAAGAAAGAACAAAAAAAGAGAAAAGGAAAAAAAGAAAAGAAAAAAAGAUGUUAAACACCACUAAAGUGCAACGAGCGGUCGUGUCCGCCUACUGCUUUACCGUAAAUAUAAAAAUAUUGAGGAAUAUAUCCCGAGAGAAGUAAUUGGCACGAGGAAAUCUGGCAUACAACGAUCGUUGUCGCGCACAGGCGGUAUAUGUGUACAGCCUAUAACGAUGUAUUGUACGAUUGAGUUACAACGCUUCGUCUUACACCGUCUAGUAGGUAUGAAAAAAAAAGAAGAAAACACGCGAUGUGCCCCCGGCAUCGUUGCGUGUGCGUGUUACAUUGUACAUUCAGUACCAAAGAUAAGUAGCAUCCUACCUAUGACACACACUGCUGAGAUAAGUACUACAAUAAUUGCGUAGCCGUCGGUUUACGAUAACGUGUACAUUACCUAAAAUCAUAACGAUGUUACAAUAAAGUCUUUAUUCCAAUUAUAAA